AUGGCCAAUACGAGUCCCACCGAUUAUAAGAAACUAUUUCUGCAGGCAGAAGAGCGUCAGAGACAAGAAUCAGAGAGACGGAAGGAGGCCGAAGAGCGAGAGAAGCAGGCGGACGAGCGUCAGAGGCAAGAAUCGGAGAGACGGAAGGAGGCCGAAGAGCGAGAGAAGCAACAAACAGAGCGCAGUAGACGAACAACAUUCGCCGAACUCCUUCGCUUCUGCCACAGCUUACUUUCCCGACCGUUAAAAUUCGAAACACCGUCUCGCUCGACUGCAGGGACUAUACCUCCUCCCACCGGAAAAUACUGUCCUACACGACUCGCACCGUGGACCGAUUGUUCAGCCCAACAGCAGAAAAUAUUCAGAUCUGUGUGCGACUACCUCAAGCCGACCGAGGAAGCCGGAGCACGAUUAUUUACCCCUUUGAUCGCGCUUGAGGAGGAUGCUCGACGAUUGGGUCUCCGACCCAUCAGCAGUGAGCAAGGCCUCGAGAACUAUGAGCGAACGGCCGUGGAGGAUCAUGUCCGUGAUAUAAUUGCCGAACUCAGCAAAAUUGACGGUGCCCGAGCCGAAUUCGGACUUGGAGAUGGAAUCUGGUUCGACAAUCACACCAACUCGUUUGAUCCGCACCGCGCCCGUGAGACUAAUGCAGACCAGCCAUCAGACAUACGUCAACCCCGGCCUGAUCAGUUCUGUGUACACCGAGUCGACGGGAGCACCAACACCCUCCUCACUACGGUCGAGUAUAAGCCGCCCCACAAGCUUCCCGUCGAAGCCCUCCGGGUGGGGCUCAGGGAUAUGGACUUGUGGCAAUACCUGGUCCGAUCAAACAAAAUUCCGACGGAUCAUGAAGAGAAGUUGAGAUACAACGCGGAGCGGCUCGUGUGCUCCGCUAUCGUUCAGGAGUACCAUGUGAUGAUUCAAGAGGGACUCGAAUACUCUUAUGUCACUAAUGGGGUCGCUCGUGUCCUUCUCCGCGUUCCAUACGAGGAUCCUAGUACAUUGUACUAUUUCUUUUGUGAUCCGAACAGUGAACAAGGUCCCUCAGAGCCAAAGACCUCCGUCGCCAGAGUUUUGUGUCUGUGUUUGAUGGCAUUCCUUUCCCCUAUUCGUGACCACGAAUGGAGAAAUUCUGCACGGUCACGGCUUCCUUUAUGGUCAACCAGCUUCGACCACGCUCGAUCUCAGAUCCCCGAGGGAGUCAUGCAGCAGAUUGCUCUUCACUCCGACAGUACUAACUCGGAGUAUGUGAGCCCGGAACCGAGUUCAAAUUACGAACCAUCAUCGCCUCCGCUAGAAUCUCCAACAGCGGGUCGCCGAGUGACCACGAGGUCUCAAACCAGCUGUGCGCCCUCAGAUUCCCGACACCGGCUGCCCUCGCCAGGGUCAUCGGAGUCUGAUUCGAAUCAAGCGACUGGGCGCAAACGGGGCUUCAGUCAGGUCACGUCUUCCCCGUCCGCUCAACGAGCGGCUCGUCAAAGUGAAACAAGACCGGGCCCAGACAGUCACUCCGUACGCGCUGAUUCAAAAUUCUGCACCCAGCGGUGUUUACUGGGGCUGCAGGCGGGAAACAUCCUCGACGAACAUUGCCCAAACGUGGAGCUACAUCGCCGUGGUCGAGGUUCCAUGAAGCACGCCAUCACCUCAGCGGAUUUGAUGAAGCUCCUGAAAGCCCAGCUGGACGAAAACAUCGACCGUUGUGUUCCGUUUGGGAUUUGUGGAGCAUAUGGUGCUCCGUUCAAACUUGCUUGUGCUAAAUAUGGCUAUGUGGUUCUAGGAAAAGGGACCACGUCGUGCCUGUGGGAAGAAGUGUCCCGCGAAGCACAAGUGUAUCAAAUUCUACAGAAAGCACAAGCAGCAGCUGUACCUGUUUUCCUGGGUACAAUAGACUUGGCAAAAGUUUAUUUUCUUCAUGGGGCCGGAGAUAUUCGUCACAUGCUCAUUAUGGGCUGGGGAGGGGUAAGUACUGCAACCAUGGAACCGACAUCGGAGCUUGUCGGCCAGAUCAGCAAGUCGUACAAGGAAAUCAAAGCCUUGGGGAUUGUCCACGGAGACCUUCGUUUCGAUAACGUACUUUGGAACAGCGAGCUUGGGAGGGCGUUAAUUAUCGACUUUCACCGAUCGACAUUGAGAGUGAAGUCAGCACGCAAGCGAGCACGAAAAGAGCGAUCGCAAGACACACCAGGAGAUGCAAAGCGGCUUCGUGUUCUAUGA